AUGUUUUCCUCUUCCACCAGCAACAUCCUCGCAACCCUCUCCCUCGCCAGCAUCACCCUCGCGCAAACCAGCACCGGCAAUCUCUACAUCCCCGGUGCAGACACGCAGUCUCUCAUCGGGCAGGUCAUUGGUACCGCGUCCUCUCUCACUACCUACGCUCUGCAAUGCGUCACCCCAGGUGAAGAGUGCGGAUUCCCCGGACAGUUCACAGUCACGGAGAAUGCAGCGACGGCGAGGUAUACCAUACCAGCGGAGAAUGGCGACGAUGGUGUAUUGGCCUUCACUGCCCGCAUAGACUGCUCUCUCGACUCAACUGUCUCCGCCGUCUGCAUCCAGUCCUUCGGAGGCAGUGAAGCAAACUUCCCUGGUGUGUCAACAGAAACCUACACUGGUACCGACUUCCAAUAUAUGCCAGUGCUCCUCACGGCGGGUGCGGCUCCUGGGACGGGUCGUACGCCUAGUUCGACUGCGGCUUCCACUACGACGAGUGCUGGAGCGAGUUCGCAAGCUUCAACAUCAAGGUCAGGAUCUGGAUCAGGAGUGGGUUCGGGGAGUGUUGCGCGAACAGAUACGGGUGCACCAAGUGCAGGGUCGAGUACGAGUACCGCUGGAGUUCCUACAAACACCGGGAAUAAGGCGUGGGUGUUCGGUGGUGCGGCUGCGGUUGGAGCGAUGGCUUUGAUGGGAUAG